UCCUGCCGCAGGCGCUUGUCCGGCCGCGGCCGAUGCUAGUGGUGAUGGACCUGAAUGGCACGCUCCUGCACCGGCCCAACAAGCGCAACCCGUCGCGCUUCGUGGCGCGCCCGCACGCGCGCGCCUUCCUGACCUACUGCAUCGACACCUUCCACGUCGUCAUCUGGUCGUCGGCCCGCGAGGCCAACGUGGCCGCCAUGUGCGCCGACCUCCUCUCGCCGGCCCAGCGGUCGCGCGUCCUCGCCGUCUGGGGCAGGUCGCGCUUCGGCCUCUGCCCCGCCGACUUCAACCGCCGCGUCCAGUGCUACAAGCGCCUGACCAGCGUCUGGGCCGACCCGGCCGUCGCGGCCGCGCACCCGACGGGCGGCGCCUGGGACCAGGGGAACACGGUCCUCGUCGACGACAGCGCCGAGAAGGCGCGCAGCGAGCCGUUCAACGCCGUGCAGAUCCCCGAGUUCGUCGGUGGUGGUGGGGGCGACGGCGCAGCAGCAGCAGCAGCAGCAGGAGAGGCGGGGUCGGGCGACGCCGACGACGCCCUCAUCCUACCACGCGUGCACGACUACCUCAACACGCUGGCCUGUCAGCAGGAUAUCAGCAUGUAUAUCCGGGCUAACCCGUUCAGGGCGUAGGAGGGUGGGGGCGUCGUAAGGGUCUGCUCGAAAGCUAGAUACCCAUUCCCAUUUUUCGUACUCUUCCUAUUUCUUGGCCCCUUUUUUCAUUUUUCCUUUUUGCCCCUGCUUAGGAUGGAGUUGCAAGAUGAUGGUGGAAUAAGAGUAUCAAGAGGAAGGGUAGCCGACUAUUUGUCGUAGCAUUGUGACAUACUGUACAUUGAUUAUGCUCAAGCAGGCAGGCAGGAUUCCUUCUCAAGUCAUCUGGAUACCAGAGACACACAAGGGCACCGACUACAAAAAUCACCAAACACUGGAUGAGGCAUACGAACACACGAGAACAUGAGAGACGUUAGCUGUCA